AUGAAGUUCGUCCCCUGGGCCGGGGUCGCCGCGCGCCUGGCCACCACCGAGGUUGCGCCGCCCUCCGUCUUCCCCGCGGAGGGCGGGGGCGCCGCGGGGGGGGGCGAGGGGAAAGGAGGGGGCUCCAAGCGGCUGCCCCCGGCGCCGCGCGGCGCCGCGUACUGCUUUCUGCCGCUCCCGGUGUUGACUGGGUUGCCGGUUCAUGUUAACGGACGUGACAUCUGGAGCGGGUCGGACAUGGUGGGCGACGGCGAGCUCCGCGCCAAUUGGAAUAAGGCCCUCGUGGAGGAGCUCGCGGCGAGCUGCUACACCCGCGUUCUUGUGGCGGCGAAGGCCUCCCUCGGGGGCGGGGCGGCCUACGAAGCCUUGUGGCCGACGGGGUCGACGGCGGAGGGGAGCAUGUGGCGCGGGCUCGCGGACUCCCUCAUGCGCCUGGUUAGGCCGCUGCCGCUGCUCAAGACGCGUUCCCCGAUCGCGGGGGGUUGGGUGGCCCCGCAGAAGUGCGUCGUGUGGACGGGGGGGGGGGGGAACGGGGGCGGGGGGGGAAGGGAACGGGAGCUGCGAGCCCUGGCCGAGGUGUUGCUGGCGGAGAAUGUGAGGGGCAUACAUGAAAUCCCGNGAACGGUGGCGGGGAGGGAAGUGAACGGGAGCUGCGAGCCCUGGCCGAGCAAGGAGCUACGGUCGCUGCUCCUGUCGAGCGGCUGCGCCACCUUCAGCACCACCCCUGCCUUCGUCAGGCAGCUCUUCAAGAAGCUCGCCUCCCCGGCCCCGGGGCGGCUGGCGGCGCGAGGGGUCGGUUCCGGCGCAGUCGGAGCCAACGGUACGGCCUCCCUGCGCAGCGGAAACCCGAGCGCUCGGAGCACUUGCAUCCUGAUCCUUCGCUACUGCCUGGAAGACUUGGGUCCCGGGCGCGGCAGCAACGGUCCGGAGAGCGGUCCCCGAAGGGGCGGGGGCAAGGCCGGGGUCGGCGGCCGCAACAAGGGCCGCCCGUCCGGAUACGGCGAGCUGGCCGGGUUGCCGCUGGUCCCUCUGGCGGACGGGUCCCACGGCGUGUUCCGGAGCUUCGCGGCGGUGGACGCCCAGAAGCUGGAUCUGAUUCGGGGCAUGGGUUUCAGCGAGGCGAGGGCGAGGCAGGCGCUAGUGAAGCACAAGGAAGUGCAGGCCGCGGUGGAGUGGCUCUCGGGCGGGGGCGGAGGCGGGGACGACACCGGCGGAGGAGGAGACGUCCCGGAGCAGCCGUUCGUUCUCUGCGCGGAGGAGGAGUCCCGCCUCCUCGCCGGCGCAGGUGCAAAACUCAUCAGCGAGGCCUCCCUGUCCUCUGCCGAGCAGAGCAAGGGCGGGACGGCUGCGGCGGCGGCGGCGGCGGGGCGGGUGAAGACGGCCGGUGAGGACGACGGGAGGGUGCUGCGAGCGCUGCGCUCCCCAGCGCUGCAGUCCGCCCUCAACGUCACCACGAUGCGUGAUGACCUCCUGCCCGACCUCAUCGGACAGACUUUACCCCCGGAGUGGCGCGGCGCCGUCGCCGCGGGAGGCGACAGCAGCAGCACCGCGUUCCCGUGGACCCCCGGUAAGUCUGGCCACCCGGACGUGGACUGGUUCCGGCGGCUCUGGGGGUACCUCGCGUCAUCGCGGCCGACCGCGGUGCGGCUGCUGGCGGAGUCGUACCCGGUGGUGCCCACGGGCAACUCGGUGGUGUGCCCCCUCAGCCUGCGGUCUGCGGUCAUCGACGGCGGCAGGCUCAGCAAGGACGUGCGCAACAUCCUGGUCGGGGCCGGCUGCCGGACGCUGCUCCCGGGGGUGUUCGCCCGCGGCGUCGGCGACGCGGCGGCGGCAUCGGCGGCGGCAUCGGCGGCGGCGGCGAGAGAGUCCAAGGCGGUGACCACCGGUGGGACCAAACCCGCAACACCGGAGGCUCGGCAAGAGGGGGACGCCGAUGCUGCUGCUGCUGCUGCUGCUGCUGCUGCUGCUGCUGCUGCUGCUGCUGCUGCUACUACUCAGCGACAGCCGUUGCCCCCACCCCCGGUCGAGCUCUUCGAGUACGUGCGCCCGGGCACUCGGGAGGGUGUCCUGGCGGCCCUGGGCACCGCCAGGCGGAGCGCGGGGAGGCCUCUGACGGACCUCAUGCGGGCGGCAUCGGCGGCGGAGCGGGACGCCCUUCGGGAGUUCCUGGCGCGCGAGCCGGCGAGCGAGAUGUCCAAGGUCGAGGUGGACGUCUGCAGGGAGCUGCCCAUUCUCCCUCUACACGAGGACGGCCUGGUGGCCGCCCGCGCUGUCGCGAGGGCCGAGAUUGCCGCCGCCGCCGCCGCUAGCGGCGGCGGCGCGGCAGCGGCGGGGAAUACCGGGAGUGGUUCGGUACCGCGGCUCGGCUCUGGUCAGGCCAGCGACGGCGGCACCUAUGCGGCGGCCAACGCUUCCCCGCUGUACCUGCUGCUCGAGACCGGCAACGGUUUCGUGGGCGUGGGGAACAAGGGACAGAACACCACCGACGUUGCCACGUCAGCGGCGACGGAGACCGCACAGAAGUGGCUCGAGACCCAUCUCUUGACCCCGAGCUUCGUCAGGGUCCGCGGCGGCGGGGCGGAGGCGAAGCUGCUGGAGGUGCUGGGCGCGCGGCUCGUCGACCGUGCGGCGUUCUUCGUCGAGCACGUGUUCCCCAGGAUAGAGGAGCUGCCCAACGGCCUCCGGGACGUGGCGAUGGUGGAGGCGCUGCUGGCGGCUCCGAGGCUGUCGCAGCAGCACGGACGGUUCAGGACGGCACUGGCGGAGCUGGAGUUUGUUCCGACCACCAGCAAGACGAAGAAGCUGGUUCGGCCGCACGAGAUCUUCGACCCCGAGGUCCCCGAGCUCCCGUCCCUUCUCCCGGAGUCGAGGUUUCCAGACGGCGUUUUCCGUCACAAGGACGUCCUUGCCGCUCUUCGACCGCUGGGCCUCCAGGGGACGCUGGGGUGGGGCGGGCUGGUGGAGGCUGCCGCUUCCGUCGAGGCGAUGAGGCGUGACGGCACGGCCGGGGCGGGGGGACGGGGACCGCAGCAUGAGCGGGGGGGGCGUGAGACCGAGGCCCGCCGUGGGGCAGGAGGCCCGCGGCAUGAGGAGGGGGGGGAAGAGACCGAGGCCGACGCGCGCGUGAGGGGGCGCGCGCUGCUGACGUACCUGGACACGCACGAGACGCGGCUGUUCGAGCUCAAGAAGGAGAACGCGGGGCUGCUGCAGAGGAUGGCGAAGAUCGUCUACGUCGACGUGGCGGCGCAGGAGAGGGAGAGGGAGAGGCUCGUGGCCCUCCACAAGCUGAUGGCGCUGUCAUGGGUGAGAGAACAAGAAAAACCCCGCUGUUUUGAGUGA